AAGCCUUGUCAUCCCCUCCAUUCAAUCAUAUCCCUACCAAAAAAACAAUCAAAUUGGCAUGAACCCUUUACUUGUUAUGGUUGUUGAAGCUCUCUCAUCAAUUUUCUGAGCUUCAGAAAGUUGCCAUGGAGGCCCUUAAUGCAGCAAGUUUAAGCCCCUUGGCUGUUCUUUCCGACAGAAAAAGAGAACCCAGAAAAAUCUCCCCAAUCCCAUCUUCUUCCUCAUUCAAGUUGCCAAAUCUUGCUAGUUUUACCACAAAUUUACCAGUCCCACAAGGGUUUUGUUCAUCAAGAAGCUUACAAGGAAGUCUACUGCUCUUAUCUUCGUUAUUCAAUGCUGGGGUUUCUGGAGCUCUUACAUAUGAGGAAGCUCUCCAACAAUCUGUGAGCACUUCCUCAUCUGGGGAUUUAGAUUUAAAUGGGGUUCUUGAUGGGAUUAUAAAUUUUGGAACAGAGAAUCCUGGAAUCGUUGUUGGUGGUGUUUCCAUUUUGGCUCUCCCUUUGAUUUUCUCUCUUUUUCUUGGAAAAUCUAAGCCAUGGGGUGUUGAAUCUGCUAAAAGUGCUUAUGCAAAAUUGGGUGAGGAUUCUAAUGCUCAGCUACUUGAUAUUAGAUCGCCAGUUGAAUUAAGGAAAGUGGGUGGCCCUGAUCUUAAGGGCUUGGGUAAAAAACCUGUGUCCAUUACUUACAAUGGUGAAGAUAAGCCAGGUUUCUUGAAGAAGCUUGCUUUGAAGUUCAAGGAGCCACAAAAUACCACAUUGUUCAUUUUAGACAAAUAUGAUGGGAAUUCCGAACUCGUUGCUGAGUUGGUAACUGUUAAUGGAUUUAAAGCUGCUUUUGCUAUUAAUGAUGGUGCAGAAGGACCUCGUGGAUGGACGAAUAGUGGUCUUCCAUGGUUAACACCGAAGUCAACUUUGAGUCUUAGCAGUCUAACAGAUGCCAUUGCUGGCGCAUUUGGAGAGGAUUCUGAAGGUCUGCCUGCUGUUGCUACUGCUGUUGCUGCAGCAGCUACUGGAGUAGGUUUAUUGGCUUUUACUGAGAUGGAGACGGUUCUCCAACUUCUGGGUUCAGCUGCAAUCAUUCAGUUUGUGAGCAGAAAACUCCUAUAUGCAGAGGAUCGGAAGAAAACUUUACAAGAAGUUGACGAGUUCUUAAACACCAAGGUCGCCCCACAAGAGCUCGUUGAUGAGUUGAAGGACAUUGGAAAGGCUCUAUUACCAUUACCUGCUACUGGCAAGGCACUUCCUGCACCAGCAGAGGUAGCUGUGGAGGCUGCAACAUCCAGUGACACUGUACAGAAAGCAGAAGCUGUUGCAGAGCCUGCUCCCGAGAUAAAUUCGGUUGCCAAACAAGAAGUAAAGGCAGAAUCAUUGCCUAAAAUCUCGCGGCCGCUUUCUCCAUAUCCUUCUUAUCCCGAUUUCAGGCCUCCAACGUCUCCUACGCCAUCACAGCCGUAAUGGCAGAGUAAUUUAGCUGGGAAUUGCAGAGUCUAUAUUAGUGAGUUAUGGUGGGUGAGCUCCAUAUUUUUUAGUGUUGAAAGAAGGUGUGGAUGACAGACUGAGUCCGUGCUCUUAAUCUCACCAAAAAGUAUGCUGCUUUUUGCUUUGCUUUUCCUACUAUAAGUCAAAUGAAAUUGUAGUUAUUUGCUGAGUGUCUCUCAACAUUGACCUCAAACUUUUCUAGUGAAGAUUGAAUUUUCCAAAUCCAAAAACUCAUACUUUUUCACCUUCACUAAAGAAACCAAAAUGGGGAACAGAUGUAUGACAUGAAUCACUAGGAAUUGAUAGUUGGAAUUUAAUCAAGUGGUAA